AUGAGUGGUCAUAUUGAAAAAAUAAAAUGUACAAAAGGUACAAUUAUUAUAGGAAAUGAUAGUACAAACGGAGCGGAUGAGAAUCCAUUCUUAUUAGACAUUCCAUUAGGGUUAUCAUCGUUAGCGAAAAAGGAACCUGAUGAUUAUUUGUAAAUGAAGCAAAUUGAAAAGAGUGAAUAGCAAAAGUACCCUAAUAUAUUAACUAGUUUGUCUAAAUCAUAAAAUAGAGGAGUUCAGUUAAAUAGGACAAUUAAUACUAAUAUUUUUUCCAAAAAUAUGAACCAGAAUUAGAGCAGCAAUUUAAAUUUUAAAAGAAGUGAUUAGCAGAUUUCUGUAAGUAUGAGAAUAACUAAGAAAGUACCAAAGGAACAAUAGGUUUCAUAAAAAUCUCCAACUGGAUAAAGUUUUGUUUCUACAUAAUCUUAGUCUUGCAAUUCAGGGGAAAACACAAAUAAAAGUAAACAAGAUAAGGAAAACUCAUUAUUUUAACAACCGCUUACUCUUCCUUUUCUUAAAUAUAACUCUGCUGGAUAGGAAGCUCCAGUAUAACGAGCAAAUUAGAAUAAAUAAACCAAAAACACAUCCUUAUAAAGAGGAAAAGAUGAGAAGAAGGAAUUUAAAAACAGGGAGAAGAGAAUAAUAUCAAACAAAGCCAUCAAAUCAUAAAUGAGCAUUACUACAUUAAUUCACAAUUCAAUGUCAACACUCUACAUCACCCCACUUUUCAAAGUUCAAUUUACAUAUAUUGUUGAAAAAGGAAAUAAUUCAUAAAUAGUGAAGCGCAUUCUAAAUAAAAGGGAUUGGUGGGCUGAAGCUUAAAAUAGUUACUCUUCUUAUCAUUUUAGAUGGAAACCAACAAGUAGUGGAAUCAAAUUCGAUGAUAUUAUGUUCACUCCUUCUAAAAAGUAAAUGGUGAAUCACAUUGAAAACCAUGUUGAAAUAUCUUGUAAAAGCAAGUUAUACAAUAACCUAAAAAAUUCACAUAAAAAUGAAAUAGACCAGUUAGUUCCUAAAACUUUUCUUUUGAACAUAGAAUCUGAAAAUUAUGAGAGAGAUAUUCAAAAUUUUGUUGACUACUUUUUUAACUUACAGCAAUCAACAAAAUUAAAAAAUAUUUGGAUUUUGAAACCAGAUGAUUUAAAUAGAGGUCAAGGAAUCAGCUUAUUUAGUACAGUGUCUUAACUAUUUACACUGCUGCUUUCAUAUGGAAAAAUAGAAUUGUUAAAAUAAAUUUUUAUUAAAAUAUGCCCUUAAGUUGUAGAGAAGUAUGAAUAGUAACAAAAAAGCCAAGAUAUGCUUAAAGAAAUAGAUAUUAAAUAGUUCUAAAGUGAAGCUAUAGAGAAAGCCUAUAGAAAGCCUCGUCUUUAAGUGAGCAACCUUAAUUAAACACCAAAAGUUAUAGUUUUGCAGAAAUAUAUAGAGGAACCAUUACUAAUCAAGGAUAGAAAGUUCGAUAUUCGUGUGUGGGUUUUAGUUGAUCAAGAUUUUAAGUUUUACAUGUUUAAAGAAGGAUACCUCAGACUGAGUAGUGAGAAAUUCAGCUUAAGAUCUCAUACUUUAUAAGACAAAUAUGUUCAUUUAACCAAUAAUGCAAUUUAAAAAUACGGAAAAAAUUAUGGAAAGUAUGAAAAUGGAAACAUUAUUUCGUUUGACGAUUAUGGUGAAUACUUGAAAAAUAAAAAUAUGCCCUUUACUGUUGAAGACACUUUGAAGUAAAUUAAGAAUUUAAUAAAGGUUUCUUUCAGUUCUGUAAGAAGGAAGCUAUAUAGGAAAGAUAGAAAAAAUACAUUUGAAAUUUUUGGAUAUGACUUUAUGGUAGAAAGUAAUGGGAACACAUAAUUAAUUGAAAUUAAUAGUAACCCUUGCAUAGAGGAAUCAAAUGAACUUCUAUAAAAAUUGAUUCCAAGGAUGCUAAAUGAUGCAUUUAGGAUUACUAUCGAUAGAGUAUUUUGCUCAAACAAAAUGUUUACAAGCUGCUUUAAUGACUAUGCAAUAGAAGGAUAUUCUAACUUUGAAAAUCUAUGGGAAUAUUUAGGAUCUCUCCAGCCUUAAACAUAAAAUUUAAUAGUAAUUGGCAAAGAAGCAAGUUAAUCAGUUUUUGAAACUCCACAACAAUAACAAUAGCAUUAAUGA